AUGCCACACGUGAUCCGCGCGCCGCCCCCCGCAAUCGCCCCGCCGGCUGGGGCACUGAUCGCGCGAUCGCAGUCGCGUUGGACCACGGACAUGGUGGUGGUCGUGGCAGCGUUCAACGAGUACGAUCCGCUCGAUUUGCCCAGGUGGAUGCGGCAUGACAAGCACGUGACUUUCUACGUCUACCAGCGCCACAACGCAAGCCUGCCACACUACAGCCCCAACCUCGGCUGGGAGGGUGGCGUGUACAUCCAGUUCGUGCUGGAGCAUUACGAGGAUUUGCCAAAGCAAAUCGCCUUCGUCCAGGCCCACCCAGAAGAGCACAAUCCGGAUUGGCGCAAGUGGCUUGGCUGUGUGCGGCCCGACGCCGCGUGGGCGACGCUCAAUCCUCUCUACAUCGUGCGCCCAUGGACCUACUUUGCGAGGAGACACGGCGACGUCGUCCCGCUGGUGGAGCAGUGCUGGCGGAACACGCUCGCUGCCUUUGGGCUCCGCGAGCUGCUCGCAUCUCGUGCGAGACCUGACGUGGCCUUCUUCUGCUGCGCGCAGCUGGUGGUGUCCCGCGAGCAGCUCCGCUCCCGAGGGCGCGCCGCCUUUCUCGCAGCUCAUCAGCACUUCGCGGGCGCUGGCGCUCACGGCACAUGCCAUCAAGGGCCGCUCCGGUGGCAUGAACUUAGCACGCCGCUGCUCUGCACAGAGAAAAUGCUGGCAUGCGCCAAGCGCGGCGACAAGGAUGCGUGCGCCUGUGGCGGUUGCCGCCAUGCAAACCGCAGCGGGGAGCCAUGGUGCUCGGUGUGCAAAUCGUGGAAGACGGCAUGCAACCCGCAGCUCGCAAGUUCGGCGGAUGUGUCCACGAAGCACACCAUGGCAUCCGCCUUUGAGCACUUGCACCACGUAUUCCUUGGAGGGCAGCCAUUUGUCAUGCCGCCACCCACACCUGAGAUGUGGUGCCGGAUGUUUCUGCCCGAUGCAGAAUGCAUCGGGAGCCCGUGCAGGCUCGAGGCUGCCAACGAUGGCGCGCUCCCGCUGGUGGUGGCUGGUAUUAGCCUGGCACCGUGA